CCUGCGCCAGUACGAGAUACGCCCCUUCUUUCUGCAAGCCAUGUGGCUGUCGUUGGUAAAUAAAAACCCCUGCUAAUUACUUCCAUUUUACUCUGAUUUUUUUUGUACAAACGCUGAAUCCUGCAAAGACGACUCAGCCAAAAUGUCGGCGGGCGUCGUGAACCUCCAGGCGCAGGUGGAGUCGGUGCUGGGAGCGCUGGUCAAAGCGGCCACCGUGGAGUUAACCAAACUGUUCGAGAGCAGGUAUCGAGCAUCGGCGCUGGAUGUGGAUGUGGGCCGCAAUGAAGACAAAAGGGAAAAUGAAACCGUGGAGACGCUGGAUAGUUUAUCGAUCGAGGACACAAAACGCAGCAUCGGAGUGCAAGUGGACAGAGACAUGUAUCCCCCGUUCGAGCUUUGUGGCCCCUCUUUACCCUCGGAUGGGGAUUGUUCCAGGGAGUGCAGGGAGGAGGAGGUGGAGGUGGUGGAGGGGUGUCUCAUUCCAGUAAUUCUCCUGGCUGAAGAUAAUGGCCAAGUUGACCUCGAACAGUCGCCUGUGAAGGAACAGGUUCUGACGCAGACUUUGGACAUGGUGGAGUUGAGUGGGUUUGAGUCCCCAACGGACAGCGAUCGACAAACAGAAGUUGUUUUGCAUGUCUCUGCAGAAACAAGGACAGAGACUUUAAGACAUGGAUCUACACAAUGCUCUCCAGCUAAACAGAAGCCUCUCGUGAUCCAACCAGACACACGUGAUAGCAUUUCUGGGGAGAAGGUUAAGUUUGUUUGCCCGUUGAUCCUUAAGGCAGAGUCUCCAGCUCCCAAACCUGACAGCCCCGAGAAGCCUGUUCAAGCCGAGCCUCAGCCAGCCCGCGUGAGCACCGCUAAGGGCACUGCCUACAGUCCGUCCCCGUCUGAUGGAGCUGUGACGCCUGGUCAGGUUGGGGUUUGGGAACGGAUCCCCACACCAAAGGAGACGAAGAACAAUUUACAUAUGAAACUGAAACUGACUUCUCCCGACCAAAAGCUGAUGCGUCCCUGUGCGGUUCAGCUGGUGAACAUGCUCACGGUGCCUGAGUCAGAGAUGACGCUUCAGGGUGAUGUUGCUAAAGGUGAUGAUGCUAACAACAAAACUGGCUGGCCUCUGCCCAAAGACCUCCGCCGCCACCAAGGUCUUCACACAGGCCAUCGCCUCUGCUGCUUCACCCCCUGUGGAAACGGGGUUUGGCGGCUUCAGAAGGUGGUCACCCACUCCCGUGAUGGAUAUGCAUGCAGCAUCUGUGGGAAGACAUUCAAGCGGAGGAAGAUUCUCCGGCGGCACGAGCGCUUUCACACCGGAGAAAAACCAUACUCGUGUUCAGUGUGCUCGAAGACGUUUGCGCUGAGGAAGAGCCUCCGCCGCCACUUGAGGUUCCACACAGGGGAGAGGCCGCACACCUGCAUGCAGUGUAGCAAAAGCUUCCGUUUGCGAGAGAAUCUGAAAGCACACCUGAGGUUCCACACUGGAGAGAAGCCUUUCAGUUGUACUACUUGUGGAAAGAUGUUCAGGAUUAUGAAGAAUCUGGAGAAACACCAGUGUGAAUUCUUUGUUCCUUCAUUCAGGACGAUUGCUGGCUUGUAGCUGUGGGAAAAUUGGCUGGUAGCGGUUGCGCCAUUUUCUACCUCAGACUGAAAACACUGUAUCACUUUUGUAGAAGACUGGCAUGUAAAGCUGAGAUGAGAAAGGUUUAAGCUAUGAGGAAAAAACAGAAACACUCACCCAGAUUAGUUCCUGAGACCCAGCCAUUCCAGAAAGGUUAUAUUUUAAUGACCGAUUAGUUUCAGUGUGACGGGGGCAUUUUCUACUACAGAUGAUUUUGUCUUUUACAUUUCUUUGUUUCUUAUUCCUUGCCAUAUUUUUGUCUCCUGUGAUUGUGGACCAAUAAUGGGACCUGAAUAGUGUGCAAGAGUUGUAACACUACUGCCACUUUUUAGCAUCAGACAUUGUGAGAAACACAUGGUCAGUUUGCAAAGAAUCUCAUAGUUUACCAGGUAUACUACAUACAUGCUGAAGGAGAUUGUUAAAUGGGUUGCAUCAGUAAAAGUUAAAAAGCUUUUAUGGGUAGCCUACAGGGAGAAGAUAUCUGGUGACUGACUGGGCAAAACAUCCUUACCUGCCAACCUUCCAUGUGUCAGUUGUGGGCCUAUAUAAAGUACUGCCACUGAUGUUAGUUUUUGAUGUCUAUAUUAUUUUUAUAUUAGGCUUUCUUUUUUUUACUUAACGCUCUUGUCUCUUAUCAAAAAGUAGUUUGGUGUCAUAUUCACGUUGAUUACUGAAUGUAUGUAGACUUCUUUCUUUUCAUGACCUAUAUGAGCAUUAAUGCUGACUUUAUAAGAAAUCUGGUUUUAACACUUUGGGAAGAUAAUCAUACUAUGAUACGAGUAUAUAUGAUGUUCCCUUUUAAAAUACUGUUUUAAAAAGUGUUUUAUAUCCGUUGUUACAAAUGUGUUUUCAUCUUUAUAAAACUUCUGGUGCUUGAUCACAUUUUUGUUGUUUUUUAAUAAAAAAGCCAUUUUGUGGGACACAUGA